CCUUGUUCGUCGACAGAAUUUUUUUUGAGGUUGUGUUUUAAGAAAUAACCUAACAAGUGUAUGAAAUUUAAAAAUUUGUAUAAACGUAUGCUUCUUGAAUCAGUAUUAAAAUUUUUUACGUUAUUUAAUACAACAUGGCAAACGGUCCGAUAGCAGAAAGAAAUCGAGAUGCUACAAUAUAUGUAGGAGGAUUAGAUGACAAAGUGUCGGAGUCUUUACUGUGGGAACUAUUUGUACAAGCUGGACCACUUGUAAAUGUUCAUAUGCCCAAAGAUCGAGUUACGAUGAUGCACCAAGGUUAUGGCUUUGUAGAAUUCAUGGGAGAGGAAGAUGCUGAUUAUGCCAUAAAAAUAAUGAAUAUGAUAAAGCUGUAUGGAAAGCCCAUUAGAGUAAAUAAAGCUUCAGCACAUCAAAAGAACCUGGAUGUUGGAGCUAAUAUAUUUAUAGGAAAUUUGGACCCUGAGGUCGAUGAAAAAUUAUUGUAUGAUACAUUCUCUGCUUUUGGAGUAAUACUGCAAACACCUAAGAUAAUGAGAGAUCCUGAGACUGGAAAUUCCAAAGGCUUUGCAUUUAUAAACUUCGCCAGCUUCGAGGCGUCAGAUGCAUCUAUAGAAGCCAUGAAUGGACAGUACCUCUGUAACCGACCCAUAUCAGUUUCGUAUGCUUUUAAGAAAGACUCUAAAGGUGAACGUCACGGUUCAGCAGCCGAACGUCUUCUUGCUGCUCAAAAUCCCCUGUCGCAGGCCGACAGACCUCAUCAGUUAUUCGCAGAUGCUCCUCCAAUGGGAAUGAUGCCUAUGUCAAUAGCGCCUCCCCCACCUCCUGUUAUGAUUACCGGCAUGAUGCCACCUCCUCCUCCCACACCUGCAAGCAUGCAUCCUCCACCUCCACCACCAGUACCUCCCCCAAGUUCUUUCCCUGCCGGUAUUCCACCACCGCCUCUACCACCUACUCAACCUCCCCUUCCCCCGGGAGCCCCACCACCCCCACCGAUUUCCGCAACUUCUGGUCCUCCUCAAAGACCGCCUUUACCUCCAAUGCCGCCCACUUCUGGCGGUCCAGGAGGCCCUCCUCCUCCUCCACGCAUGAUGCCCCCACCGCCACCAUGGUCCAGUUCUGGAGGUAUGCCACCUCCACCACCAGGUCCUCCAGGGUCUGGGCCGCCAACUAGUGGUGCACCUCCCUUCCCUGGAAUGUUUCCACCACCCCCUCCACCUGGUGGUAGGCCGCCACCUCCUAAUUGGAGGCCACCCCCUCCUAAUUUUGUGGGAGGGAGGCAUCCGUUCCCACCUAGGGGUCCCCCACCACCGCCCCCUAGUUUCGAUAGUUGAUUAACUAUUUGUAUAUUUUAUAAAGUCACUACUUUAAUUUUUGUAUGUCACAAAUAAUAAAUAAUG